AUGGUCAAUCUUCCUCAAGCACGAGUAACAUCGGCCAGACCAUUCAUAAACGCAGGUGUUGAUUAUUUUGGAAAAUUAUGGAUCCACUAUAAUAUAAAAGGAAAGAAGCCAACAAAGGCAUAUGUAGCACUCUUUUGUGGUUUCGCUACAAAGGCAGUUCACUUUGAAGUAGUAAGCGAUCUUUCAACCGAAGCCUUCAAGGGAGCACUCAAACGAUUUAUUAGCCGGGGAGGACGCUGUCAAAAUAUUUAUGGUGAGAAUGCAACAAACUUUGUUGGCGCCAGGAACAAGUUAUCAGAACUCUCUAGUUCAAUAUUUUCCGAAAAUGAGAAACAACUCGUUACCUCAACCUUCAGUUCAAAGGGAAUACAAUUCCAUUUCAUUCGACCAAGGGCACCUCAUUUUGGAGGCCUAUGGGAAACAGCCGCUAAAUCAGCUAAACACCUUUUAAUCCGCAGUGUAGGCUCAGCUUCAUUAACUUAUGAAGCAUUGGAACCUGUGAUCAUUGAAAUAGAAGCAAUUUUAAGUUCGCGUCCAUUGACUCCCAUGUCCAAUGAUCCAUCUGAUAUUUCCGCCCUAAGCCCUGGGCACCUAUUGAUUGAUGAAGCUCCUACAGCUCAAGUUGACACUGAAGCCAGUUCCAAGAAACUUUCACUUCUGUCAAGAUGGGAACUCGUCUCUCAAGUUAAAUACGAAUUCUGGAAAAGAUGGUCCAAUGAAUAUCUUCGCGAGUUACAGCAAAGUCAUAAAUGGAAGAAACGGUCUUCCAACACAAAGCCAGGAAAUAUGGUGAUCAUCAGAGAAGACAACAUUCUUAUCAUGAAAUGGCCGUUAGGACGAGCUACAAAUGUAUAUCCAGGAAACGAUGGAUCUGUUUGA